CUACUACAGCGGAGUUGGAGUCGUUCUACGUUGGAAUCGACGUCGCCCAGAGGCAGAAGUUCUAGGUCACAAGAGAUCCAUGAUCCGAGACGUCCUGGUUAAGUAAGUAGUUGCGACAGCAAGACAAUAGUAUGGCGCUUUCUCGAUCUGCACCCCUGAAGCUCCUCACAGGGUGUGCUCCUGCUGCUUCGUCCACAUCUCAACUACGGCAAACAUCUUCUCUAUGCAAAAGCAAGAGGUUUGCGCGUCACUUUUCACUGUUUCAUCGCACUAGAAGUACGGCUACGACUGCAGCUUUGAUGAACCUCCGACGACCGCAUAAACUACAGAGCAAGAGUUGUACUGCAGAGCCGGAUGCCUGUUCUGCGAUGCGCAAAGUCGAGUUGCCUUCAAUGAAUCUCAAUAGUACCGCGUGCUCCAGUUCACCGUCAUCUGGGUCAUCGUGUUUAUCAGCUGCGUCCUCUUCCCGUCACGUUGCUCCGCCAGGAAGACCAGUGCGAUGUGGCAGAACUUUCAGCAUAAUAAGCCAGACCUCAGCAAGUCUGACCAAGAUGUCAGCAUUCAGGAUGUCAGCAUUCAAGCUAACGCCUGUGCAUUCAUUCGUCCCAUCAACGUCACCGCUACAGCAUACUUGCCACAGCAUUCAAGCUCGCCUAGUAUUGCAACAACCACAUCACAGUCAUGUACAAGCAAACUCAGCCUUGUCAACAGCAUCACCACUUCUACAACCACAACUCAUUCAUCAUAAACAGACUAGCACAUUACAACAACCCCAUCACAGUCAUGUACAAGCAAACUUGUCAGCAUCACCACUUCUACAGUACCAUAAACAGAAUCAUUAUAAACAGACUAGCACAUCAUUACAAAUACAAAUUCGCCUGUUCUCCCGAUGUCAAAGAAUUGACAGGCUGAGAAUUGAGAGGAAGUGGCGAGCUGAAAAAAUGGUUCACAGGUGGAAGAGUCCUGAUGUCCAUUACGGCAUGUUGAACAAGCUGAGGCUUACCAGGUUCGGGUUUAUGGACGACAUAAAAAACUCAGUGAAGGAAUAAGAACAACAACUUCCAAAGACGAAGGAAUAAGAACAAAAACAGUGUGACUCACCACCUCAUGCUAGGCACAUUCAUUCACUCAGAACAACAACAGGAGUGUCAGUGUGUGUGACUGGAUCUAAAUGUCUUGUCUUUGAUAUACUAUCCUAGUAGUAGUUGCUUCACCCUUACUUUCUCGUGUUCAAGAAGCGGUCCUUUAAAUAGUGAGCAUCACGGGUAUUCUCCACGUCCACCAGAAAGUAUCUAUACAUGGGAUAAAAAGAGUAUACUACAACGAGGACCUCCAAAAGUUGUUCUCUCUAAAAUGUGGCAGUAUCGUGCUCAGGGUGCGCAUGCAAGCGAUCGUCGACGCCUCGAUCAGGGUGCCGUAAAACGGAGGCGGAUGUUGCGGUAUCUUGAGCGCAGCGAAAUGAGGAUAGUAAGACGCGCGUGCCCGACUUUGACACUGAGAUUUCGAGACCCACCGAUAGACCACAAUCCAAACGCGAAGCAGUGCAGACAAAUAAUCAAUCGGUUCUUUGGGUGAAGAUCCUUCUAGUAUGUUGUUGCUUCUAGUACAAGAAGUGUGGAUGUUGACGUUGACAAGAAUGAACAUGACGUUGACAAGAAUGAACAUGGUAGUUAAAAGGGAUCUGCAUUUCCCGGCUGGGCUAGUAUCGGAGUUGGCGAAUAACAGAGGCACACACAUGACCAUGAGGACUUUGUACUUUCGCACGCAAGACCAUUCGCGCAACAUCAACACUAAAGUGGUACUAGACAGUCUCGCUGCAAUGCGAUUCAGCAUGAAGAAGAUACUCACAACUAGAUACACAACUGACGCUGUAUGAAAUCUAAAGUCUGGCUAACACCAUCUGACGACUCAGCCG